AUGAAACAUGCGGGGCCAAUAACUUCACGAGCAAUCAACGUAUCAGAUGACAUCCUUUACUCAGCAUCCGUCAAAUCGUCGCUGACGACGGCGUCCUCCGCCUCCGACGACGCCUCCAUCAAGUUGUCGCGGUGCAGCUUCUGCAGCGGGGACCGGCCCUAUUCCCUGACCAUCACCCUCCUGGCCAAAUACUCGCCGGUCAAGGCGUUUACCCUGGCAUCCGACGGCGGCAUCCUCUACGGCGAAUGCUCCGACGGCUACGUGCAUUACUGGCUGAAGGGUUGGUUUUCCGGCCAACUGCAAUACGGCGCCGCACUUCAAGGCCAUACGCACGCGGUGAUGUGCUUAGCCAACGUGGGGAAUUAUGUGGUGAGCGGGUCAGCCGAUUCGAGUUGUCAGGUUUGGGUCGGGGACCCACAAGAUGGUCAGCACCGAUGUUUUGCCGCGCUUCAAAGCCAUAGCAGGCCGAUCAGGUGCGUCGCGGCGUUCCUUGGUUAG